CGCUCAAGAUAAUUGAGAGUAUUCAUAUGGGAACUAACAUUUGUGCUCACUGUUGUUACAUCUAAAGAUGCCCCCCGAUGAGGCGGUGAUGUUUUUGGCAGCCCAGUGACGGAACUCCGACACCACUGAUUGAUUGAAUGCGUGCUCUGAGUGUCGGUAGUUGUACUAUAACGCGAUUAAUCAGCAGAGAUAAAUGGCGAGGACGGGACCUGUAUUGUGAACCCCAAAGACUCGACCAGAAGUUGCAUUAGCCGAAGCGAUCUGCUGCCACAAGCUAGCACCAAAGACUACUAGCAUCUCGUUGAGCUCGCCAGUAGGAAAGAUUAGCCGGGUAGCUAAUGUUAGCUGACAAGUCUAUUUUUAGUGGACUUUUGUGCCAUCGGUAGGGACAUCGUUAGGCGAUUUGUUUUGACAACUUAAUCCGAGAGGAUUUUGCGUAUCCUAUGAUCUCGCAGCGCUAGUUGUCUGUCCCAAAAUGUCCACCACUUCGUUGGAUAAAGAAUUACAGGAGCGACUGAGAGAGGCGUCUGCUAUCGGGGAUAUCGACGAAGUGCGGACAUUAGUGGAGAGUGGAGUAAACGUCAAUUCACAGAAUGAAAUAAAUGGCUGGACAUGCCUGCACUGGGCCUGCAAGAGGAACCAUAAGCACAUAGUGUCCUACUUACUCACUUAUGGAGCAGACAAAGAAAUCCUCACGGCUAAGGAUGAGUUGGCCUCACAACUUACAUCCAAACCAGAGAUCAAACGGCUUUUAGGAGUUGAAGUGGAGGAAGUGCCUGAAGUCAAGGAGCCUGAGUUACCAAUCAUCCCAAACUACCUGUCUAACCCGGCCUUCAUGUACUCCAAGAUGGAUAACAGGUCAGAGAUCAUCCUGGCACAGCACCUUACACAGAAUGGUUCUGGAGAGCACGGUGAGGAUAUGCACAGCGAUUCACCCUCGCUUUCACCGACUCAUGAGCCUCAGAAAUCACAGAGCCUUCUCUCUGAUGGCCCCCCUCCUCCCCCAAACCCUACCACUGACAGCCAAGCCCAGGCUGGGGAAUUCAUUCCUGUGACUGAGCAAAAUGGUGUGUCACCCAGCCCGACCUCAUCCCGCAGUCAUGUCGUUGUUAACUGCACAGUGCCCAUGGACCUGUCAGUUGAGCCUCACCUUGUCAACCAUAGCGACUACUCGCAUGCAGUGGCACAUAAUGGCACCAUGUGCUCGCCUCCCUUGGCCUCUCCCAGUCCCAGCUUGGCCAGCAGCAGUGGGAGCCAGGUCCAGGCCCCGGUGGCCAGCGCUAACCCAACUAUGAGCAGGCAGCAGUCUAUUCCACAGCAGCUGAGCUAUGGCCAAGCUGGUGGGCCCAUGCCAGCCUUCCAGCCUUUCUUCUUCACCAGCACCUUCCCAGUCAACGUGCAAGAGUUGGUGCUGAAGGUGCGUAUCCAGAACCCCAACGCUCGGGAGAAUGACUUCAUUGAAGUCGAGCUAGACCGCCAGGAGCUUACCUAUCGUUCCCUUCUGAGGGUCUGUUGCCGCGAGUUGGACAUCAGUGCUGAGCACGUGGAGAAGAUCCGCAAGCUGCCGAACACCAUGUUGAGAAAGGACAAGGACGUAGCUCGGCUGCAGGACUUUCAGGAGCUUGAGGUUGUAUUAGAGAAAGCAGAGGGCUUGUCCCUGUUCUCUGGGACUGGGGGCCUAACAGACAGACCCUGCUACAACAUGAAGGCCUCCCGCCUCACCUACUAGAGCUACCACGGAGCCAGAGGUCUCCAAGAAUUUGAUGGGCUUCUGUAGCUACCCUCAAGCAACCAUAACUAGUUGCCCGCCCAGGUCCCCAAUUACAGCUUUGUCCGGCUUUGGUGUUUCGCCAAUUUCCUAACUGGGAUUUGUUUUUUUUCAAGUUGUGUAGCAAUUGUCCUCCUCCUGUCCUGCUCUGGCCCUCCUGCCGCUUUAGUGUACCCAACCAGUUGUAAGCGAUUACUGAUGCAUGGUGGCCUCGAUUAUGUGCGAAAGUAUUUGGGCCCCUUUCUCCUCUCUUUAUCUCUUUCUCUCCUCCCACUGCACUUUGUACCAAGGCUCCAAUUGGUUAAAAGAGGGAGACAUUGGCUUGUCUUCCUUAUGGACUGGACUUCAUGGGAUCCUGUAAUAGCCUUAUUUGGACACAUCCCUAUCUUGGCUAUGGACUAUGGCCACAAAGGAAAAGACCUGGUCUGAUCAGACUAAGAGCGGAGGACAAAAGGAAGGAUUUACAUAACUCUUACCGAUAAGUUCGUCAUCAGUCCACAGAAUAAGUUGGAUUUGCACACAGCAACUUGAAUUUCUAGGAAAUUGCCCUGUAGAGUGCUAUCAGAUGUUCUAGCUGGCAUACCCACUUCCAUACAUGCUGUAGGCAUAAACCUUAGUGUCUUUCCUGCAGAGGGCAACCAUUACUGUCCUAAUUCUUAAGGUGGUGGUAAUCUUAAGUGAGAUAAAAGCAUCAUCGUUGAACUAAUAGUGCUCCUAUUUGAUGACUACACAUACAGUAUGCUUUAAUCUAUAUCCACACAAGGAUGGACUGGUUUCCUGUCAUAUUUAAAUCAUUCAGUCAUACACUGUGGAAAAAGAAGUCAAUAGUUUUAUUUGAAUUGUUCUUUUUUGUGUCUUUUCAUGUCAGACA